AUGACGGGCGGGCCGCGCGCGUUCCGACGCCCCGCGCCGCGCACCGGGUCGCCGCCGGCGCGAAUCGGCGGGACCGACCCGACGGACGACGCGAAUCUCGGCGCCGACGCGCUCAUCGCCAAGGGCGAAGCGGCGGUGCGGCUCGGUCGGUACGAGCAAGCCAACGAGGCGUUCGCCGCGGCACGCGCCAUCACCGCCGCGGAGAAGACGCGCGGGUCGCCACCGUCGUUCGCCGGGCUCGGCGACGCCCCUCACGACGCGCUGGAGGCGAAGGCGGCGGAGUGCGAUGCGGCGUCGGAGGCGAAGGCGGCGGAGUGCGAUGCGGCGGCGACGGGGGAGGCGGAGACGCAAAAGCGGAUCAAGGACGCGACGAUAGCGGACCUUCGAGCGGAACUGCGCCUGGCGGAGGAGGCCGCGGAGGCUCAGCGGCGUCGGGCGGAGGACGCCGGCGGUAAACUCCGCAUCGCCGAGUCCGAGACGGCGGCCGCGACGCUCGCGAGGUCGUCGCUCGAGGUUGAAAACGCCGAGCUGAACGCGAGGGUCGAAACGCUUCGCGCGGAGACGGAAACGCUUCGCGCGGAGAUGGAAAGUCUCCGGGCGGAGAUGGGCGCGACGAUCGCGGCGCACGCGGCGCGCGCGGCGGCGGCCGAGACGGCGGAGACGGUCGCGCGAGAGGCGCUCGCGGCGGAGGUUGCGAAAAGAAAAAAAGAAGUCGCGCACGCGAUCGACGGACGAACGAACGCCGAAACCGCCAUGGCCGCCGCGGAAAAACUCGCGGCCGACGCGACGUACCGCGCCGCGAACGUCGACGAGAUCGUCGCUUCCAUUCGCGAGGAGUGCGAGGUUUUAGUCGCCGAGCGCGAGGCUGAGUGCGAGGUUCGGAUGCGGCGCGCGACGUCCGAACUGGAAAGAGCGUCGGCGGAGGUGGCGAGGCUGACGGCGAACGCAGAGGCUUUCGAAGCGGCGCGAGCGGACGCCGUCGCGGACGCCAAAGACGCGCGCACGAGCCUCGCGAACGUGCACGCCGAAUUCGAAGCGUUUAAACGUCGCGAGGAGGAGGCGAAUCGUCGCGCCGAGGAGGCGAAUCAUCGCGCCGAGGCGGCUGAAGUCGCGGCGAGCGAAAUCGCGGCUGCGGCGCGCGCUGCGAGGGAGGCAGCCGCGUCCGAGGCGCGCGCGCGCGGCGAGCGCGAGGCGGAGUUAUUGGCGGAGUUGUCCGCGGUUCGGCGGUCGGUCGACGCGGCGCGGACAAAGGCGACGGAGGCUGUCGCGAGGGCGACGCGAGACCUCGGCAAACGACGCGAGCUCUUCUCGGAAACCCAGUCACCGGACGGUCCAGACGCGUUCCAAAAGUCUCUAGACUCCAUCCGGGCGGGUACGACGUCGGCGAACGCGGCGGCCAAAACGGCGUGCGACGCCCUGGAGGCGGCGCUGGACGGUGGGUACGGCCGCGCGAGGGUGUGCGUCGCCGAGAGCCGCGGGAACGACGAUCCCGGUGACUCACCCCCCGGUGACUCACCCCCCGGUGACUCACCGCCGAGCGUUCUCGUCGCGGGCGCGGAAGCGUCCGCGUUCGUCGCCCCGAACGAUCGGCUGCCCGCGUCGUCGCUCGCGCACCUCUGCGUCCUCGCGGUACGCGCCGAGAACAACUCCCUUUCUACCGGGCGUCCCUCGCGUGUCGGGUCAAAUACCGACGAUCCCGGCCCCGAGGAGGUUCGUUUCCUGCGGGGCGUCACCGCGCUUCGCGGCGCCGGAAACGCCGACGAGGUAAACACCGACUGGAAACGACUGGAAACGACUGGAAACCGGCAUGGAACCGACCCACCGUUCGCCGCCGCGCAGGGCGCGGGCGUCGCCAUCGCCCUGCGCGGGACGUCGAGCGGCGUUGUUAGGGUAUUAUGCGUCGACACGCGGACGCGGGAUUCGCCGCUGAGCGUCGCCGACCUCGCCGCCGCGCACGAGACGGCGACGCGGCUCGCGGCGAUUUACGCCGCCGACGCCGAGCGCGUCAGGGCGUGGACCCGAGCCGUGAUUCGCGCGCGGUGGUCCGAGCUGGACAACGGAGAUGAUGAGGGCGAAGACGAUAAGGAGAACGCCCGUACUCUCGCGACUACUCGCGGCGAUUACCGAUUCGACACGCCCGCGGGGGCGGCGCGGGUCCUGUUCGAGCGCGCCGCGCACAAGCGGACGCUCGAGUCGUUGUUCCGCGAAGGGGGGGUUACCGGACACGACCACCUUCUGCGCCACCUGAGCUCGCUCGGUGCCCCGGACGGAGUGCGUGGUUUGCCACCCGUAUUGGCCGCGCCCGUGACACUCUCCGCGUGGGCGGCGUGCGCGUGCGUCGGCACGGCGGAGUCGCAACCGCCGCCGUUUACGCGCGUCGACGCCGCCGCGUUCACCGCUCACGCCGACGCCGCCGCCGCGACGGACGCGUGCCUCGCCGAGAGGAGGAGGGAAGACGCGAGGGUGGCGGGUUUAGCGGCGCUCGGGAUCGAAACGGGGCGUUUGGUCACGACGGACCCGCCCGUGUCGUCGGACGGGGCUACGCCGGAUGGGGCGGCCACGGAGGCGCGGCUCAGGGCGACCGGCGAGGCGGCGGCGAGGCGCGCGAGCGUCCUGUGGACCGAAGGAGGCGUUCGUGACUGCGUCGCCGCUUUGCUGGGAACCGACGAUCGUAGAACUCGCGGUUCCUCGUCCGCGGCGGACGUCGACCGCUCCGACGCAACGCCGACGGCGACGACGGACUCGCCGAUGUCGGCGACGAAGAUCCGAGCGCUCACCGCGGAUCGCGACCUCCGCGACGCCGUACGCGCGCUCCUCGCGGCGGCGCCGAUGCUCCGCCCCACCCUCGACGGCGAUCGCGAGUGGCGCGAGAUGGGCGGGUUCGAUUGCGCGCGCGCUUUCGGCUCAGCCGAGACGGACGCGUGCGCGCGGCUGUGGGCGUGGGCGGCGACGACCGCGUGCGCGUGGCGCGCGUGGCGUCGGGUCCGUGCGAUGCGCAUGGACGAGGGGGCGGUGCUCGCGAUACUGGACGGGAUGGAAAUGGCCGAUACGGCGGCGGCGCGCGUUGGGGUGACGUCGGAGGAAGACGGAGGGAUCAUGAUGAUCGGCGAUGGACACGACGGUGGCGACGGUGGCGAGGUUGACUGA